AUGGGGAUUACCGAAUUUGAUUUGCAACCCCUUAACAAAAUCAAAGUGCCUGCUGAAUAUGAAAAUGAUGUACAAUUUUACACAGAAGCAAUAAUGAAACAGCAUGAAAAAAAGAGAUAAAGAUUAUUAAUUGAAUACAAUGAAUUGUUAAAUCUAAAAUAAGUUGAAAGCCUUCAAGACAAAAAAAUUACAGCCUAAUUUGAGAAAUCAUAAGAUGCUGAAAGUUCUAAAAUAAAUGAAAAGUUAAUUAAAGUGAAAAAGAUAUCUUAAGAACAACGUGAACAAUAAUUGUUAUAAUACUCUCAAAAAGAAUAAUUAAUAGAGACUCGUCGAAAAUAAAUUAGUAGUGAAAGAGAAUUUAGAGCAUAUUAAAAAGAAGUAUUAGACACAUCUAGAAUGGAAUAAGUUUAUAGAAAUAGAGUAUAGAUAUAAAAAAUGGAGUAAGAUAAAAUUUAAAAACGCAAAAUGAGUUAUGAUGCCAAAUUAUAAAAGCUGUUAUUAUAUAGAUAGGCUUAAUAAUCAACUCCAAGAAAAACAAGGUUUCAUGAAACUAUGGCUCGAUAUUAGAAAAGUGUUGAAGAUAGAAAAUUAUAAGAUUAGGAAAGAUUAAGAAAAUUACAAGAAAGUUUAGAAAAAGCUAACUCUAAAAAAUCAUCAAAUAUCAUAGAAAUAAAAAGAAAAAGCUUACUUGAAUAACUAAAAAUGGAGGAUGCACUUUUUAAUAGAGAAAGACAAUAACACGCAAAAUAAAGUCGAUUACUAGAAAAAUUGUAAGUAAGAACAGAGAGUGUUAGACUUAAUUAAAGUGAACUUAAAAAAAAAGCAUAUCCAUUCCCGAAAUUCCUUUGUCAUAAGGAUUAAAGAAAAAAAAAUUCUAUUUUGAUAUCUCAAUUUGCAACUGAAAUUGUAAAUUAACUAGAACAUGUAGGAAUCCAUGACUUGGAGGAGAAACUACUAAAGUUGUGCUAAUCUUAAGACAAAAUACAAUAAGAAUAAUUUGUUAAAACUAAUUAUUUGUUUUUAUAUAACUGAUAUGGAUUAUCUCACAUAAGAUGAAGUAGGAGGUAUUGUUGCCAAAGGUCUAGCAUCUCUCUAUUUAGAAAGACCAUAAUUUCCUAUUGAUUAUCUAGCCAAAUGGCUUCUCACUUACUCAGAAUUACUUAAAAAACAAAAGACAAGGGAGGAAAGAGUAUUGAAAAAAAUUUCAUAAUUAUUAGUAACAAGUUAAAGAAACAAAAAUAAAGGAAUUUAAAGUUCUAACUGAUUAAUUAGCAUAUCUAAAAGAAGAGAGUAAUAGACUUGAAAAUUAGUAAAAAGAGAAACAUGAAUAAUUUUUGGAAUCAAUUAAAUAGGCAAAAUAUCAUGAUGAAUUUUUAGGUGAUGUAUUUUGUGAUUAUGUGGCUAAACGAUUUGUAAAUAUAAUAAUCUAUAAAUAGAGAGUAAAUACUUAUGUAUGUGAACUUGAUUUUCCAAAAAAAGAAAUAGAUUUAAAUUAAGAAGAUGAUGAAAAUGCUCACAUAAAUUUAGAAGGAACAAAGCUUUUGACUUAUAUAUAUGCUGAUUAAAAUUCGAAAUUCCUAAUUGGAUAAAAUUUACUCCCAGAAACAGGAGUUACAUAUGAUGCAUUGAAAGAACCAUAACCAGAUGAAAAUGGUGAAGUAAUUUAAACUAAUGGCAUUUAUAUAUCAAAUGUUGUCAAAGAGCCUAGAAUUGUAUAUCAUAAAUGGCCAAAAUUGGGUGCGUAUUAUGCAAUCCCUCUUGUUUAUUAGAGUUGCCUUUAUGAACAAUCAUUUGAUUAGGGGAUUGAGUAGAGAUAGCAAUAUUUGAUACUAAAAGAGAAUUAAGACAAGGAAAGAUCAGCAAAAGAAGCAGAAUUCGAGGAAAGACUUGAAUCAGAAGAUCUAGCAAUUAUUGAAUAGGAGAAAUAAGCAUAUUUAGCAAGUUUAGAACCCCUUUUGGAACCAUCAUUUACCUAAUAAAAAAAAGAAUAUGUUUUUUGUAUUGAUACUUUGGGUUAAGAUAGGGAAAUAACUGAAAAUCAUAGAUAAGAAAUUUUUGAUUUAGUUAAUAUGUUAAUUAAGUAAUGGGAACUUUAAGAAAUAUAAUCAAUGAAAUCUGAUGUUGAAUUAUAAUUGCAUUAUCAAUCUAAUUUGGGAGCUCCUUACAAAGAAAUAUUAGAAAAUUGGGCAUUAGAGGAAGAUUAAUAUAUUGAUAGUCAUUAGGAGAAGUUGGCAGAAUUUAAAGAAAAUGAAAAAUUAUUAUAAUAUGAGACUGAUUGUUUAAGAUUAGAAAGAUUAAGGGAGAAGUUAAAUGAUAAGGAAUUUAUUUAACCACUAUUAAAUCUGAGUAAUUGUAGAAUAAUAAAAUUCAAUAUAAUCAUUUAAUCAGGUUUAUAUUUAAUUGGAGCAAAUAAAUCAGAUAUCAAUAUACCUGAUACUAAUAGGUUAAAUAUUAGAAAAUUAGUUCUUGAUGAGAAUCUUAUUUAAUAAAUAGCUGCUUACAAUCAUAGAGGACCUAAACAAGAGCCUUAAUACAAGUGGUGUUAUGUUGAUCGAGUUUAGAAAAGAAUUGAAAAAAUUGAAUAAGAAUAAGUAGAUGCGUAUAAUUUAGUAUUGGGAAGAUUGCUUAAAUUUUUGUAAUUGACAUGUAAACUAAGAAAACAAGAUAUUGAAAUAAGGAAAGAAAAUAUUGCUAAUAAAAGAAAAUAAAUUGAGUAAUUGAAGGAGGAAGCAUCUAAAUUGAUAGAAUAAAAAGAAAUUGCAUUAAAAGAACAUAAAGAAUAGGUAAAAAUAAUUAUUUAUCAAAGUUAUCUCCUGAAGAUUUAGAAGAAUUUAAUUAAGAAGAGUGGGAUGCUAAUUUUGAUAGUGAGCAUCCAAUGCCAGAAAUACCUGAGAAUCCAGCUGAUGAAAUUGAUGAUGAUUACAUGAUAGAACCACCUUAACAAUGA